GGCUCCUGCCCCUUUCAAUCUGCGCCGACUCGGCGGCCGGAUCCCGGGGACUCCCCGCGCCGGGAAUCUCCCGCCAGCUGCGCGCUGCGUCCUGGCGACGGCGGGAGCACGUGGAGUGGCCGGGUAGCAAGAGCUGCAGCUCCAACCCAGUCCAGCCCAGCCCAGCCCAGCGGCGAGAUGGAAGAUACAAAACCAAACGUGGAACUGAAAAGCCCUCAGGAGCAGUCAGUGCCCACAGAAGGCCCAGUGAAUUUGAAUGACUACGAUUUAACCAAACCUCAUGCAACAGAAAAUGCAGACAGUGCAGAAUGCCCAGCCAAUGAAGAUGAAGAUACAGGAGAUGAUUCGAUGAAAGUGAAAGAUGAAUACAAUGAGAGGGAUGAGAAUGUGUUCAAGCCAGAGCCCAUGGGAAAUAUAGAAGAGCCUGAAAUUCCUUACAGCUAUUCAAGAGACUACAAUGAAUAUGAAAACAUUAAGUUGGAGAGACAUGUUGUCCCGUAUGACAGUAGCAGGCCGACCAGUGGCAAGAUGAAUUGCGAUGUGUGUGGAUUAUCCUGUAUUAGCUUCAACGUCUUAAUGGUUCAUAAGCGGAGCCAUACUGGUGAACGCCCAUUCCAGUGUAAUCAGUGUGGGGCAUCUUUUACUCAGAAAGGUAACCUCCUCCGCCACAUUAAACUGCACACAGGGGAAAAACCUUUUAAGUGUCAUCUCUGCAACUACGCAUGCCAGAGAAGAGAUGCACUCACAGGUCAUCUUAGAACCCAUUCUGUUGAGAAACCCUAUAAAUGUGAGUUUUGUGGAAGGAGUUACAAGCAGAGAAGUUCACUUGAGGAGCACAAGGAGCGCUGCCGUACAUUUCUCCAGAGCACGGACCUGGGCGAGACUGCAAGUGCGGAGGCAAGACACAUCAAAGCAGAGAUGGGAAGUGAAAGAGCUCUCGUUCUGGACAGAUUAGCAAGCAAUGUGGCAAAACGAAAAAGCUCAAUGCCUCAGAAAUUCAUUGGUGAAAAGCGCCACUGCUUUGACGUCAACUAUACUCCCAGCUAUAUGUACGAGAAAGAGAGUGAGAUAAUACAGACCCGAAUGAUGGACCAAGCCAUCAAUAAUGCCAUCAGCUAUCUUGGUGCUGAGGCCCUGCGCCCGUUAGUCCAGACACCCCCUGCUCCCACCUCAGAGAUGGUUCCAGUUAUCAGCAGCAUGUAUCCCAUAGCCCUCACCCGUGCUGAGAUGCCGAAUGGUGCGCCCCAGGACCUGGAAAAGAAGAACAUCCACCUGCCAGAGAAGAGCCUGCCUUCUGAAAGAGGCCUCUCCCCCAACAACAGUGGCCAUGACUCCACGGACACUGACAGCAACCAUGAAGAACGCCAGAAUCACAUGUACCAGCAAAAUCAUAUGGUCCCUCCACGGGUCCGCAAUGGAAUGCCGCUGCUGAAGGAGGUCCCCCGUGCCUAUGAACUCCUCAAGCCCCCACCCAUCUGCCCACGAGACUCCAUCAAAGUGAUCAACAAAGAAGGGGAGAUGAUGGAUGUGUAUCGGUGUGACCACUGCCGAGUCCUCUUCCUGGAUUAUGUGAUGUUCACUAUUCACAUGGGCUGCCAUGGCUUCCGUGAUCCCUUUGAGUGUAACAUGUGUGGGUAUCGAAGCCAUGACCGGUAUGAGUUCUCGUCUCACAUAGCCAGAGGAGAGCACAGAGCCACACUGAAGUGAACAUCUGGCCCCAGAGAUGAUUUGCACCUAGCAUUCAACAUCGCUUUUAAAAACUGAUACCCCCGCCUAACAAGUCACUCUCAAAACAAACUCAGUUCCAAACUCCUUUCCAUACCAUGUUUAGUACCCAAAGGCUCAUGUUCAUGUGGACAACAGAAAAACUCAGACUCCAUUCAACAGUUGCUUGCAGAUAUACCAUGUUACUACUUUGUGCAACCUUUGUUUUCCCAUCAGGAACUUGAAUUUUGUGAUAUUUUAAAAAGCCAAUGAAGUAUUUGGUCAUUGUCUUUUGCAUCAAUAGAACAGGCUUUCUUUGGAGUUUGUUGUCAGUCGAAAGAGCCCCCCUGUUGUGCUGCAUGAGACAUUCUUUCUGAGAUACGUUAGCCAGCCAUACAUGCAAAAGCCUUCUGGUUGUAAGCCCAGGUCCACAGAGAAGAGCUGACCAGCUGAAAUUGUUGGGAAGCCUCACCCUUCUGUACUUAACACAAGGCUGAAGGGUUAGGAUAUAAUCUCCCCAUCCCAAUUAGAGUCUAAUAGUAAGGAAAAGAAUAGCCAUAAAAUAAGUGCCUGUUACCAAUGACUGAAGACCUAAUCACUGAGCAUCAGAUCCAUUUCUUAUUACAUAAACAAAAACAAAACAAAAAAAGAAAGAAAUCAUCUGAUGAUGCUUCUGCUUCUACUCUUUACCCUCCCAUCUCCAAUUAAAAGCUGCUUUGGGUUGAACCGGUUAUCUACAGAAGAAAUUCUAUACCAGAACUGAUGGUUUUAAAUAUAGACCGUCAUUGAAACUCCAGGAAGUUAUCCACUGUGGGUGACAGCAUCCAUUUCCUGUGAUCAAGAUUGGCAGAGCUGAGUUCUGAGUGGGAAGAUGGUUUAGCAGCACCACCAGGGGAGAGAAAAAAAAAACACUGCUGAAAGUCCUUGGUCUCUUUCAUGGAAUAUUAGUAAAGACCCAAAGCAAACUUGCCAUUGAUGUCUUUGACAAAAAAAUACCAAAGAACCCCAAAAGUAUGACUUAGUCACCCCCUCCCUACAGAGAGGACAACUCAGGGAUAGACGCCAUGAGUGUUAUUUAGAUCAGAGCUGAGCUUCAUGAUGGGGUAAGGAGGGGAACAGCUCUGCUGGCAGGCUCUUCUUCAUCAGGCAGGUUGGGCUCCCCCUUAUCCCCUUUUGAAAUGGAGCUGCUGUAUUCCACUAAGAUUCCUGAAAGUCUGAUCUUGGUUCUGCAGAUGGAUUGGUCAUCUCUAUCUUUAACUAUGGGAGGCACGCUAUCAAGGAAAAGCGCUGUGAUCACUGUAAAAUUAACACUGUAAUAGGGGUCACAAAAUCUGUUUGUUAAUUCCACAUUUGCCCUAAGCAGCUGUAUGACUUUGGGCAAAUCACUUAACUCUUUUUUUUAAUUAAAUUUAUUGGGGUGGCAAUGGUUAGUAAA